CCAGCGAUAGCGAGAUGAUCAUCGAGACCGAGAAGAAGAGCUGCAAGGAGCUGCUGAUACAGCGGAUGCUGCUCGCCAGCAUAUCCAGCGUGACGCUGCAAUUCUUCCUCCUGUGCUGCCUCGUGCUCUUCACGAACCUGAGCACGGACUAUGCUCACUGGCUGUACGCGACCUGGUCGGCCUUCAUGUCACCACGUAUGUGGAUCUACCUGCUGAUUCUCAUCACGGUGACCUUUGUACAGGGUUUCCUCUGCAGCAAAAUCUACUUGCGCAGUCCAUCUUAUUACAAGAGCAGAUUCACCAAGCUAUGCUCGACCCUCACGACGCAAAAUCUGCUGUUGUGCGCCUUGUAUAUCAUUAUCGGCGGUACCCUCGUCUGGCUGUACUUGUCACUGAUGGGUGGCAGGUACAGUUCACCGGUCGUUAAGUGCAGCACCUUGCAGGACAAUUGUCUGGCGGAGGAAUACUAUUUCCUGUUACUCAGUGGCUUCUGGAAUGGAUUCUACUAUUCCCUCAAAAGCGACAAUGUCACCCGCAGGUAUUUCCGCUUCCCCAUCAUAGCACAGUCCAAGUUCUGCCGGCUGAGACGCAGCAUCUGCGCUGUGCUGCCCAUGUUGACGAUCUCCUCAGCUUGGUCAACUCUAUAUUAUACCAUGACUUACUACUUCCUGGGAUCCUACUAUCGCAGCACACUGUCUGCGUUGUCAAUGCAGAUAGAGCAGUCCGAUGUCUUGGACACUGUAUCCAAGCUGCUGAACUUUACGCUGAUAUCGCGGCUGUGGCUGCAUCAGUUCCUCUUUGCACUUACAAUCAGCAGCACACACCUGUUGUUCGAGAUCUACAUGACCGAGUGGGUGUGGUUCAAGAUCGGCACGAGCGGCACAUUGAGCUCGGACGACUCCGAGCUGACGCUCAUCGACGCAAUCUCCAUGGACAAGGUGCCGAUAAUACAACAUUUGGGCUACCUGGACCUGGUCACCAUAGCUCAGAAGGAGCAACGCAGGAGGGUUUUACUGUUCACUCUCAGCCAGCCAGGUGGUCAUCCGUACAACUGGAACUGCGUGGUGCAAAAGUGCAUGGAUCUCCUGAAGAACUUCACGAUCAAUCUCAACACCAUAUGCUUGAAAUUGCCGGAUAAAACGUUUUAUACCGCUGCACCUCUGACGACGAUGGUCGCAACGCAGAACAACUACCUGUAUCGCAUGCGGAAACUGGUGCAGGAAAUACCGCCGCCGACGCAGGAAAUACCGUUGCCGUCGGCUAUACCGAUGAUGAUAUCGACGACGAUGCCAACGACGAUGCCAACGACGAUGCCGACGACGACCGAGAUCGACGCAAAAGUUGAUCCCAUGUGCAAUGGCUGGUUCGUUCAGAAGUUCAUUAAGCAGAAACGAGACGCCUUGGUGAUUUACCUGCUCUCCAAGCCGCUCAUCAACUACGUCUUCGGCGAGCAGGAGGAAAACAAGAUGCGCUACGUAUUUUCCAACGGCCAGUUAGUGAUCUGGGCCGUCGAGGCGAUCUCGUCGCUUACAGUGUCCUCGUUAACCGAGGAUUCCUACGGUAUCGUGCAGAAGGACGUGCCGACCAUCAUCUACGUCCUGCUGGCGGUGAAGCAGGCUCUCGACAAGCUGCACAAAUCGGGUAUGUCGGUCAGGAGACCCCAGACGGAGGACAAGUCGACCAGGGAGAUCUUCACGUCGUUGCGCAGCACGAUUAAGCGCAGCCUCUACAGAAUCAUCACCAACUUCGAGCCGUACAUCAACGAUCUUUACCUUGAGCCAGUGAGAAUAGAACAGCUGCAGAAUUUUCUCAGUUACAAGGAGUGAUUUUGUAAAUAUUCAUCUUCACCACGAAGUGUACUUAUGACUCACCGGGCGAAACCGUAAGCCGAGGGAAACGCUGCAUCUUGAAUUUAUCGUGCGACGUAUAUUGUAUUUCUUCUUCGCUUCGAACUGUCGACAAAAUGCUGCGUUUCAGGCUUAUCGUGUUCGCUCGCACCCUAUGGACUCGAGUUAACAUUUUAAUUUUUAUCUUUUACCCGCGUGGGAGACGACGUAAUAGUCUCGUUAGUAAUUGUACAGUCGAGAGUAUCUGCAUUGAAAUAUGUAUGUUGACGAAACCUAUUACAGCAGUUGUGUAUGCAAUGUAACACACGCACACUGGGACGGACAAAUAUCUCAAUGUAGGUACAUUAUUCGAUAUUUGUAAUUUAAAAUAUAGCUGGUAAGAUAAACGGAUAUUUCUUUCAAGAUGCGUUUACAGUGCGCAUCAUUCGGAGUCUACAAUUCGUUCGCGCGUUCUUAUCGUGUACGUUGCUCAAGAAAUAAUUGUGGAAUCGCACCGAAUGGACGGUUCUACUAAAUAACUUCGCGCAAUCUACAAAAUCGCGAGAAUAUGAAAUGCAAUUGUAAAAAUAACAUGGAUAUUUUUUCAAAACGUAUAUUGGUUCCGCCAAAAAAAAUAAUCGUGGAAUCAUGUUAGGUGUACGGUUUUACACUGAAUAAUGUAAUAUCGCGCAGACUACAAGAUACACAAAUAUAUAAGAUGUAAUUGAAAAAAAUAACACGGAUAUUUUUUCAAGACGCAUUAGUCUGUACCAUUCGGUAUUCAUUGUCCACCUGCGUUUUUAUCAUACACCGCUCAAGAAGUAAUUAUAAAAUCGUAUCGAGUGGACGGUGUUCUACUAAAUCAUUUUGCGGGCAAACUACGAGAACCACAAAUACAAAUAAAAUGUAAUUGAUAAAAUAAAGAUAUUUUUCCAAGA